AAUAAUAUCAAAUUAAAACUGCUGGUUGCGGGGAAAAAAAAUAUUAUGUUAAUCCUCUACAUUUUUGCCCAUCGUAAGCCCUCCGGCUCGUUUUCGGUUUUGCUCUUUUGACGAUAAUGAAAGUUGAAGUCUUUGUAUCUUGAAGAAAUGGCAUAUCUGUUAUCAACAACAAUGGUCAAGCUGACCCCUAAGCUCCAUUACAACACCACAAGAUGUAUACUGAAAACCCCACUUUGUUUCUUCUCUGGAGUGGGUGACAGGAAGAAUGAACGAAACAGAGUUUCUACUAUUAGUUUAGCGGUAAAGGACCAAGCUUUUCAUCGAACAACAGAGAAAAUUCGUGGUAAAAUUUCACCUAAAAGAGGAAAGAAUCCGGUUUUGAGUGAGGGGAGAGAUGAGGAUGAGAAUUAUGGGCCUGUUUGCCCUGGUUGUGGAGUCUUUAUGCAAGAUAAAGAUCCUAAUAUUCCGGGGUAUUAUCAGAAAAGAAAGGUUGUUGAGAAGACACUAGUGGAGAAUGUAGAGGAUCUGGACGAGUAUUUUCAGGGUGAACUUGAAGGGUUGGAUGAUGAUGAUGAUGAUGUUGAAGAAGAAGAAGAAGAAGAAGAAGAAAAAGAGGAUUUUGUGGAUGAAGUUGAGGGAAAAUUUGAGGGAAGUGAUACAGAAGAAGAUAAUUUGGGAAAGGGGGAUGAGUUUGAUUGGGAUUCUGAUGAAUGGGAAGCUAAUUUUUUAAAAGGAGAGGAUGAUAUAGAGUUUGAUGGUUUUGCACCUGCAAGUGUUGGGUAUGGUAACAUUACAGACGAGAUUAUGGAGAAGGGUAAAAGGAAGAGAUUGUCAAAAGCAGAAAGGAAAAGGAUGGCUCGGGAAGCACAGAAGGAGAAAGAAGAGGUUACUGUAUGCGCGCGAUGUCAUUCUUUGAGGAACUAUGGACAGGUGAAGAACCAAUCUGUUGAAAAUUUGAUUCCUGAUUUUGAUUUUGAUAGAUUAAUAGCAACUAGGUUGAUAAAGCCCGCUGGGAAUGCUGGUGCUACUGUUGUCGUUUUGGUUGUUGAUUGUGUUGAUUUUGAUGGUUCCUUUCCAAAGCGGGCUGCAAAGUCGUUGUUCAAGUUGUUGGAAAAUGCCCAAAAUGACUCCAAACUUUCCAAAAAGUUGCCAAAACUUGUUCUAGUGGCUACAAAAGUUGACCUUCUCCCCUCACAAAUCUCACCGACUAGGUUAGAUAGAUGGGUUAGGCACCGAGCUAAGGCUGGAGGGGCACCCAAGCUUAAUGGGGUAUAUUUGGUUAGUUGCCGUAAGGAUUUGGGUGUGAAGAAUUUGUUGGCAUUCAUAAAGGAAUUAGCAGGUCCUCGAGGUAAUGUGUGGGUUAUUGGGGCUCAAAAUGCUGGGAAGUCUACUCUUAUCAAUGCAUUUGCUAAGAGGGAAAAGGCAAAUAUAACAAGGCUUACAGAAGCUCCUGUUCCUGGGACAACUCUUGGGAUUUUGCGAAUUGGUGGAAUUUUGUCGGCCAAGGCAAAGAUGUAUGAUACUCCAGGGCUCCUACAUCCGUAUUUAAUGUCUAUGAGAUUAAACAGGGAUGAGCAGAAGAUGGUUGAAAUAAGGAAGGAGCUAAAACCUCGGACAUAUAGGGUGAAGGUAGGACAAGCUGUCCAUGUUGGUGGCUUGAUGAGACUGGAUCUAAAUUAUGCUUCAGUAGAAACAAUUUAUGUUACAAUUUGGGCAUCGCCAAAUGUUUCUCUGCACUUGGGAAAGGUUGAAAAUGCUGAUGAAAUAUGGAAGAACCAUGUUGGUAUCAGAUUGCAGCCACCCAUUGGUGAAGACCGAGCUUCUGAAUUAGGGAAAUGGCAAGAGAGGGAAGUUAAAGUGUCUGGAAGUAGUUGGGAUGUAAACACCAUAGACAUUGCAGCAGCUGGGUUAGGUUGGUUCUCCUUGGGUCUCAAGGGUGAAGCAAGUUUGGCAUUAUGGACAUAUGAUGGUGUUGAGAUAACCUUGAGAGAGCCGUUAGUCCUCGACCGGGCACCAUUUCUUGAAAGACCUGGAUUUUGGCUACCAAAAGCGGUAUCUGAUGCCAUUGGCAGCCAAAGUAAAUUAGAAUCCCAAAAAAGGAAAAAGUUUGAGGAAAGUACAGACGACCUCUCUGAGGUUUCUGCUUGAGAUGGAUUAGUUAUCGUAAAAAGUUGCGUUUUGUGUAUGUUCUUUUCGGUCACAUAUUAUAGGCUCAGGGAAUUUGAUCCUUGCUUAUCUCAACUGUUGAAACUGAAAUCUCCAAAAGCUUAACUACAAAGGCAGUGUACAUUAGAAAUUUAUUGAUUCCCUUAUUGAAAGAAGAA